ACUAUUAGCAGUAACAAUAAAUUCUUAAGUGGGACUGCAUUAUAUCAUGCAAGUGACAAUGAAGAUAUUUUUAGAGAAUUCACUUUUAAAAAUUUUACUGGAAAUGCUGAAACUUUGAUUAUUGAUUUUGAAAAAAAUUCUAUCAUACUCAUGAUUGGAAGAUAUGUCUAUCAUGAAAGCAUCGAAUAUCUCUGUCUUAUUCAAACUAUCUCAAUUUCUUUAUCUCAUCCUAACUCUGUAUACGUAUCAAAAGACCUUUCUUAUGCUUUUUUUUUGUUACUUUUUACUGCACCUGCAGUAACUAAUUUUUAUAAAUUUAAUACUUCUAUUGAAAGACAAAGUUUUAUGUUAUCUAAGAAACUUUAUAACCCUAUAACUGGACAAAAAGACAUUGAAUUAGAUGUAAUUGUAUCCUAUACUAACCCAAAUGGUCAUUAUGAUUUACUUAAAAAUAGCUUAAAGAAAAGUAUUAUCUCAGCAAUUGGAAAAUUAAAACUUAAUCCUACUAGUAAAAUCUCUCAUAUAAUCUCUUCUGAAAUUAAGUGGAGUUAUGUUGCGAAUGAACCAAAAUUUUUAAGCCAAUUAUUAGCUAAAAAAGCAAAAUCUAUUAAAGAAUUUAAUAACCAACUUGAUAUCAUUGAAAAACAAUAUACUACUAUAAAUUCUCAAACCUCAAAUAAAAAAAGAAAAGUUGGUCUUUUCUUCUUUGGCUCAAAAUCUUCCAAUGAAAAGGCCCCUACUAUAGACCUUACUACUCUCAUAAGUCAAAUUUGA